AUGGGUGCAGCUGACGUUGCCGCUCCCACCCUGAAGAGCGGACGCAGCGGAGUACUCAGAACCACGUACCAUCUGGAUUGCCAACAUCCGCCUUCACAGGCUCACUGCAGAAGCCUUGGACUGAGGUUGCAAACCAUUGGAAGCAUUGCUGCUUCUUUCCUUCUUUCGGAUGAUUUUUUUUUCGCACUGUCCCAGAGAGUACAGCCCCGGCUAAUCAUGGCGGAGUACAACCCGGAACUACAACUUGCCUUGCAAGACCUCGACCGAGAAUUUGAGGAUGGUGAUAUCACAGAGAAGGGAUACCAGAAAAGACGAACUCUUUUACUCUCACAAUUCGGCGGAUUUAGCCUCGAUGCGCCCCAGGGACCAACAGUCAAUAUCCAAGGCCCACAAGGAGAGGUCUCAUCGGGGAGAUACGCAAGUGUGGGAAGUGACGGCUCGUCAGGUGUACCAAGAGGAGAAACACCGGCGCUUCAAUUACCAGACCGAGCAGCGUCGAGAGCCUCCGUCGAUUCCCUCUUCCUCCCGAAACAGCCUCAGCAGCGUCCUCCAGUUGGCGUAACUUUAGAAGACUCUAGGUCGGCAACUUUGGCUAGUCAAAACUAUGCAUUCAAUCCCCACGAUCAGUAUGAGCAAGCGCGACCGGAGGCGGGUGGCUACGAAGCUGGUAUUUAUGAUCCCGAAGGGGAUCUCACUCGACAUUCAACCCUUCUUGAUUCGCAAGCGUACUUUUCCGAUUUCGCCGGUCAUCAAAAUGAUGACUAUAGGGACAGUUAUGGUGGUGGCUACCACCGUUAUUCACAGUCUGAUGCCUUUUCACCAACGGCUAAUAUGGCUCCACCAUUGAUGCCAACGUCGGAGAUAUCGCCAGGAAACAUGCUCUCUCACCUCCUACCUCUUGAGCCACGAGAUGUACCCUUUGCCGUACACGAUCCGCAUGACCCUAAUACACUCAUGUCUAACUUUGACAAUUUACCUGCAGUUUUGCGACAUCGCGCUAAAACACAUGCAAAACAGCCUGCUUAUUGGGUCUUGGACCAGAAAGGGAAAGAGAUUGCCUCCAUUACCUGGGACAAACUUGCGAGUCGUGCCGAAAAAGUUGCUCAAAUAAUUCGUGAUAAAAGCAGUCUUUACCGAGGAGACCGGGUGGCUCUGAUCUAUCGCGACACAGAAGUGAUUGAGUUCACUGUGGCUCUCAUGGGCUGCUUUAUUGCUGGUGUCGUUGCUGUUCCAAUCAACAAUCUUGACGACUACACGAGUCUCAAUGUCAUUCUCACAUCAACCCAGGCCCAUCUUGCCCUGACAACUGAGAACAAUCUCAAGAGUUUUCAGAGAGAUAUUACUACUCAAAGGUUGCAGUGGCCAAGAGGCGUGGAAUGGUGGAAAACGAACGAAUUCGGUAGCUAUCACCCGAAAAAGAAAGACGAUGUUCCGCCCCUUGUGGUGCCCGAUCUUGCGUAUAUUGAAUUUUCUCGAGCGCCAACCGGUGAUUUGCGUGGAGUUGUGAUGAGUCACCGCACAAUUAUGCACCAAAUGGCCUGCCUCAGCGCAAUAAUAUCUACUGUUCCUGGAAGCACUCGAGGCUCGUCACACCUACAGUCUCGGGGUUUGACUGGUGAAACGAUGUUCAGUUAUCUUGACCCAAGGCAGAGUAUUGGUAUGAUCUUAAGUGUUUUACUAACUGUUUAUGGUGGGCAUACAACGGUUUGGCUAGAGGCUCAGGCCGUAGAAACGCCAGGUCUUUAUGCUCAUCUUAUCACUAAAUAUAGAGCUACUAUCAUGGCAGCCGAUUAUCCAGGAUUGAAACGCGUCGCCUAUAAUUAUCAACAAGAUCCAUUAACUACGCGGCAUUUUAAGAAGAAUACAGAGCCUAAUUUUUCUUCCGUCAAGCUAUGUCUGAUUGACACGCUUACCGUUGAUUCGGAAUUCCACGAGAUUCUCGCAGAUAGAUGGCUUAGGCCUAUGAGAAAUCCACGUGCCCGCGAGAUCGUUGCACCGAUGCUCUGUCUGCCAGAGCAUGGAGGCAUGGUCAUUAGCGUCAGAGAUUGGCUGGGAGGAGAGGAACGUAUGGGAUGUCCUUUGACACAUGCACUGGAACCAGAGAAGCCGAAGGAGGAUGAGGCUACAAAGAAAAAAACAGACAACGACGGCUUCGGAAGUAGUUUGAUUGGUGGAAAGCCUGUGACCGCAGAGAAAGAGAAGAUUGCCAAGAAUGAGUUAGCAGAAGUCCUUCUUGACAAGGAAGCUUUGAAGUCAAACGAGGUUGUGGUUUUAGCUAUGGGCGAAGAGGCGAGAAAGCUUGCCGAAUCCCGCCCCAAUAGUGUUCGAAUUGGCGCUUUCGGAUACCCCAUUCCGGAUGCCACUCUUGCUAUUGUUGAUCCUGAAACCAAUCUUCUUUGCACCCCAAAUGUUGUCGGCGAAAUUUGGGUUGAUUCCCCUUCUCUUUCUGGAGGAUUUUGGGCAUUACCGAAACAUACAGAGACGAUUUUCCACGCUCGGCCAUAUAAAUUCGAGCCAGGAAAUCCUACCCCAGUAUUGGUGGAGCCAGAGUUCCUCCGUACUGGCCUUUUGGGCUGUGUCGUCGAAGGAAAGAUUUUUGUACUUGGAUUAUACGAAGAUCGUCUCCGACAAAAGGUUGAAUGGGUGGAACAUGGCCAGGAGAUAGUCGAACAUCGCUACUUCUUUGUGCAGCAUCUCAUCAUCAGUAUCAUGAGAAACGUUCCCAAAGUGAACGAUUGCUCCGCUUUUGACGUUUUCGUUAACGAAGAGCAUCUUCCAAUCGUGGUCUUGGAAUCUUACACUGCUUCUACAGCCCCAACAACCUCUGGUGGCCCCCCGCGUCAAUUGGACACCGCCCUCCUGGAAUCGUUGGCAGAAAGGUGCAUUGAGAUUUUAUAUCAUGAACAUCACCUACGGGUUUACUGUGUUAUGAUUACUGCCCCAAACACUUUGCCUCGAGUAACCAAAAAUGGUAGGCAAGAAAUCGGCAACAUGUUGUGUCGUAAAGAAUUCGACAAUGGGACAUUGCCGUGCGUUCACGUCAAAUUUGGAGCUGAACGAUCUGUGAUGAACCUGCCACUUGGAGUGGACCCGGUAGGAGGUGUGUGGUCGCCACUUUCGUCUGCAACCAGGCAAGAGAUUCUUGCCUUGGAAGAAAAACAGUACUCUGGAGCGGAUUACCGUGAUAUUGUCAUGGACGACAGGACCUCGACACCUCUCAAUAAAUUCACAAACAUCGUCGAUUUGCUUCAAUGGCGUGUCACAAGACAGUCAGAAGAGUUAUGCUACUGCUCUAUCGACGGCCGUGGCAAAGAAAGCAAGGGUAUAACGUGGAAGAAGUUUGAUACAAAAGUUGCAGCGGUUGCCGCGUAUCUCAAAAACAAAGUCAAAGUUCGACCAGGUGAUCACUUGGUCCUUAUGUAUACUCAUUCAGAAGAGUAUGUUUUUGCGGUACACGCUUGUCUCUGUCUCGGUGCCAUCGCUAUUCCCAUGGCCCCAAUCGAUCAGAAUCGGUUGUCAGAAGAUGCCCCUGCUUUCCUACACGUCAUUUCUGACUUCAAAGUCAAAGCCAUCAUUGUGAACAGCGAUGUUGACCAUUUGAUGAAACAGAAAGUCGUUUCUCAGCAUAUCAAGCAGUCCGCUCAAGUUCUCCGUAUUGGAGUACCGGCAAUUUAUAAUACUACGAAGCCCCCUAAACAAUCACACAGCUGCCGUGAUCUUGGCUUCACCAUGAACAAUGCGUGGCUAUUGCCUUCUCAUCCUGCUGUGAUCUGGUCAUACUGGACCGCUGAUCAACGAAGAAUUUCAGUACAAUUGAAUCAUGACACCCUCAUGGCAAUGUGCAAAGUACAGAAAGAAACAUGUCAAAUGACUAGCUCGAGGCCGGUUCUGGGAAGCGUACGUAGCACUAUUGGACUGGGUUUCUUACAUACUUGCUUGAUAGGAUGUUUUGUCGGAGCCCCAACAUAUUUAGUCUCGCCAGUGGACUUUGCGCAAAACCCCAUGUCACUCUUCGUUACUUUGUCAAGAUACAAGAUCAAGGAUACCUAUGCUACAGGCCAAAUGUUGGGGUAUGCAAUGAGCUCUAUAGCAGGAAAGGGCUUUAGUCUUCAAGAGCUGAAGAAUCUGAUGAUUGCUACGGACAAUAGACCCACAGUUGACAUGUACCAGAAAGUACGCCUCCACUUUGCAGCGGCUGCUCUCGACAGAACAUCAAUCAAUACGAUCUAUUCCCAUGUUCUCAACCCGAUGGUUACUUCUCGGUCAUACAUGUGUAUUGAGCCUAUUGAGGUGUGGCUGGAUCUACGCGCUCUCCGUCGAGGUCUGAUCUACCCUGUAGAUCCGGACAUCGACCCGACUGCUCUUCGUCUACAGGAUUCGGGUAUGGUACCAGUCAACACGCAGAUUGCGAUUGUCAAUCCUGAGACGUGCACUUUAUGUCACGUUGGUGAGUAUGGUGAGAUUUGGGUGCAAUCUGAUGCGUGCGCGAAGGCAUUCUAUGGCAGCAAACAAGAAUUCGACACCGAGCGAUUCAAUGGCAGGCUUCUUGAUGGUGAUCCUUCCGUACAAUACGUUCGCACUGGUGAUGUCGGAUUUCUUCAUACUGUUACCCGACCAAUCGGCCAUGGUGGGCAGCCAGUGGAGAUGCAAGUUUUGUUUGUUCUAGGAGGCGUUGGAGAGACCUUUGAAAUCAAUGGGUUGAACCACUUCCCUGUCGAUAUCGAAGCUUCUGUGGAAAGGUGUCAUAGGAAUAUUGUAGCUGGUGGAUGCGCUGUCUUCCAAGCCGGCGGUCUUGUUGUCAUUCUUGUUGAAGUGACAAGGAAGUCAUACCUCGCCUCUCUAGUCCCCGUCAUCGUCAAUGCUGUCCUCAAUGAUCAUCAAAUUGUGGCUGAUAUUGUGGCAUUUGUCUCCCAUGGAGACUUCCCCCGAUCUAGGCUUGGUGAGAAACAACGUGGCAAGAUUCUCGGUUCUUGGGUAACGAGAAAGAUGCGGACAAUUGCUCAAUUCAGCAUCCGUGAUGCAGAUGGACCCGAUCUUCAACUGGCAGACCAGGCUCGCAUGAGCAGAGGUUCCAAGACUGGAAGUAUCAUGGGUAAUAGUUUACGCAAAUCAACCCUUGUCCCCGAUAGUGAUUCCAGCACUCGAGCUCCCGCACCUUUCCACGAAGGCCGUGAACUUUCAGAUGAUCCGUAUCAAAUCCAAGAAGAUGAGGAAGAGAGACAUUAUCAGGAGAUACUCAACAACUCUAGUCACGAAUUGACUGAUGGCGCUGCCAGUGAAGCUCCCGAACAAGAAACCUUCUCCAACGAGCAAAGCUCUCUUCCUCUCGUGAAUACCGAUUUUCACGAUGUCGCAAGCGCAAAUAACCUUACUCCGGUAUUGACGCCCGAUCAUGGGUUUGACUUUGGUGCUGAAUUCGGCAAGUCAUCGGAUCACGUCAACAACCCUCAGAUAGAUGAACCUCCAACAAGGGUCGUUCCUUCAGUUGCCAUAGCACCACCGUCAACUGCGGGCUCCCAAGAGUCACGAAACUCCUUUGCGCCGCUGCAAGUCCGCAAUGCUGAUCGCGAUUCCUUACCUAGCCGCCAACCACAAUUCAGCCUCCCACCUGUCAACGUUAAUGACUCCCAAUCUUCUUGGUUCAAUAACCAAUCAAGCAGACCCAACUCCACCGAAGACUGGACGCAGGAAGCCCUCCUUUAUCAAACUCAUUUUGAUAACCCCCACUCUCAUGAGAAUGGUGGCGAAAGCUCGAGACACGGCCGAAAAGCGCACGAAGAAAACGAGUUCUUCUAA